ACUCAGUUGAACCCGCGACCAGCAGCCGGUGGAGAUGACUUGAACAGCGGAUAGCAGGACAGUUUCCUCCCGCUCUUUCAGCUUUUAUCGGAGUUUAAUAUGCCAGAAGACCUCAAAUACUCUCAUGGAAACUGCUAUUUUACUCCGAGUAAGCCAACUGUUGAGUUCGUGAAGGCAUCAUGGCUAAUGUUAAAGUUGCCAUCCGCGUCCGUCCUCUCAAUGCAAGGGAGAGCGCAGAUGGAGGAAGGUUAGCGGUUCAAGUCGAGGACAAGCUCGUUAGGAUCAAAAAUGGAAAGCUGGACGGACGCUCAGAUGGUGCUCUAGAUUCCAGGGAGAAGCUUCUGGAGUUUUGUUUUGACUACUGCUACUGGUCGGUGGACCCUGCAGAGCCUCGCUAUGCGUCUCAGGAGGAGGUGUUCCAGGACCUGGGUGUGUUGGUGCUGUCCGGAGCCUCUGAGGGCUACAACGUGUGUCUAUUUGCUUACGGACAAACAGGAUCUGGAAAGACGUACACCAUGAUGGGGACACCGGACUCCAUUGGCUUGACUCCUCGGAUCUGUCAGGGUCUCUUUAGGUCUGAAGACACUUUUCCUGAUGCGCAAAACUCAAGCAGAGUGGAGAUCAGCUUCCUGGAGAUCUAUAACGAGCGUGUACGAGACCUGCUGAGAGGAGGCGAGCAGAAGAAGAGAUUCUCCCUGAGAGUGAGAGAACACCCUGAGAAAGGACCGUAUGUACAAGACCUGUCACAGCACGUUGUCUCGGACUGCAAGCAGGCCAUGGAUCUUUUGGAGGAAGGCAUCGCCAACCGGAUCACAGCGGCAACCCACAACCACGACGCCAGCAGCCGGUCCCACGCCAUCUUCACCAUCCAGUACACACAGGCGAUCCUUGAAAAUAACCUUCCUUCAGAAACUGUCAGCAAGAUUAACCUGGUGGAUCUGGCUGGGAGUGAGAGAGCAGACCCUCACUACAGCAGGGACAGACUCACAGAGGGCUCCAACAUCAACAAGUCUCUGGUCACUUUGGGUAUCGUCAUAUCUGCUCUUGCCCAGAACUCCCAGAUGUCCAGCAGCUGUCAGAGUAUCAACAGCAUGGCCUCUGAGGGCGAUGGCAGCACGGGGGGAAGCCACAGCAGCUCCCUGUCUGGAGGAGGAGGGGGAGGAGGAGGAGGGAGGAGGCACUGCUUCAUCCCAUACAGAGACUCAGUCCUCACCUGGCUGUUGAAAGACAGCCUGGGCGGCAACUCCAAAACCAUCAUGAUUGCAACGGUCUCUCCCUCUGCUAACAGCUACAACGAGACCCUCAGCACCCUGCGCUAUGCUGCACAUGCCAGAAAUAUUGUCAACAAGCCCCGGGUUAAUGAGGAUGCCAGUGUUCGGCUGAUCAGGGAGCUGAGAGAGGAGAUUGACAGGCUGAAGAGCAUGCUGCUCAGCUUUGAAAUGCAACGUAAUCCCAGUCCGUCCCUGAGCGAUGAGAGGGAUGGAAAUCUCUCUGACAUCGUGCUACAGAACGAACUGAAGGUGGAGCAGCUGACGAAGGACUGGUCGGAGAGCUGGAGAGACAAGAAGGAGCUGCUGGAGCAGUACAGCGUGGACAUCAACCGAGACCGGGCAGGAUUCCUCAUCAACUCCCUCCGACCGCACCUAGUGACUCUCGAUGGGGACGUCCUCAGCACCGGGGUCGUCUUCUAUCACCUCAGGGAAGGAGUUACCCACAUAGGACCUCAGGAACAGUAUAAAGAACCACAAAUAGUUCUGCAGGGAAGUGCCAGCUGUGAGAUUGAAAACCACGGAGGUGUGGUGACACUCAGGCCGCUGCCCGGCUGCGUCUGCCUGCUCAACGACAGAGAGGUCACUGAGCCCUGCAGACUGGCUCAAGGGACGGUGAUCACCUUGGGAGGAGAGCAUAAGUUCCGCUUCAACCACCCGGCAGAGGCAGCCGUCCUCCGGGAACGCAGACGGGCAAGUGAAGGUGGGAUGAGCUGCACCUACAUUGAUCCAUGUCCCCUCACCCCGGACCAAAGUGUUGAAGAAGUGAAUCUCCAAGGCCAGCUGGGUGCCUGUCUCUCCCCCAGCGAGGAGCCCGCUGCCAGGCAGAGUGUGCAGGAGCAGCAGAGCUACGUGGAGAGCUUGCGUCAGGAGAUUCAGGCAGAACAAAGACGGGCUGAGAGAGAGUUGGAGAGGGAGCAGGCCCUCCUCCGACAGCAGCACACUGAGAUCCAGCAGUGGAUUUUGCAGGAGAAGCAGCACCUAACAACUGUUGAGCAGAAAGUCACCCAAGAGUCUGGGGUUCAGGCAGAUCUGAUCCCUGCAUCCCUCCUGGAGCGAGUGGCAAAUCAGGCGUCUCAUGAUCAGGAGGGUCAGACAGGAUACCGUCUGUCUCACGUGGUUCCGGCGAGGAAGAAGUCGAUGCAGGAGGAACUGCUGAAGCAUCACGCCCUCUGCCGUGCCGAAAGCCGAAUCCGAAGGAAAAAGUUACACUACCAGCUGGAGAGGAUUGCACGCAAGCGGCAUAUGUUGGAAGCUAAGAAGGAAUUGCAACGGCUGGAAAAGUCUCUGCCUCCAGGACCAGAGAGCCCCGAGUCUCCUGAGCUGGUGACCCCCACAAAGCUCACGGAGAGACAGUUUGUCCCUCGUAGACACUCAUUCUCCGCAGACCUUCUUUCCCGGCUUUACCCCCAGAACACACCGAUCUUCAGACACUUCCUCAAGAGAAACAGAUCCACAGAACUGAUGCCGAAUUCCUUCACAACCUCUGACUCCAGUAGCCACCAGGAGUGGGUUUCUGAUGAAUGCCUUCCCCGGGAAAGAUCCCAGAGUUGUUCCGGUAAACUCUUCUCAGGACAAAGUCAAGCCUGCCGGAGUAGAGUAGGUUCCUCUGAAAACCUCAUGCUAACACCCAAAGAGGGGCCCCAAGCUCAGCGCUGCAGGGAACGACCAGAAAGAAAACCUCUUUUGCCAAACCGAGACCUGAAUUUUAAGAACAGAUCGGAUCAACUCUCAACGUUUUCUCUGAAGUCGCCACUUGGAACUACAGUGCAGCCCAGCAGCAAAGAAAAUAUACAAGAACCCAAAACACGCAGAAUGAGCUCUCAGACUGUCCCGUGCAUGAAUGCAGUAACUCAACUCCAUGCCGGUAACAGCGGACUAGAAACCAUCAGGAAGACUUUCUCUCACUCUGUGGGGCCCAGGUUAAAAACAGCUCUCUCCAAAGUUUUCAGAAAACCAGCAUCAGGUGUGAAUGGAGCACAAGGCCACAAACGUCCGGGGAGGAUAGCGAGCAAGUUUCACUGGAGACAAAGAAGAGACAGGAGCCUUAAAGAUGCGAUGAUGAGCCGAAGCAAAUGUGCCGUUAAAUCAGCUGUCUCAUGCGAGGAGCUUGACCGAAAAACUCAGUUUGAAGACAUCAAAAACAGGCGCUGGCAUAGUACAGAGGCUCUGAUGAGCAAGACCAGCAGGUGGAUAGAGACACAGCAGGGACUGAUGCAAUGGGAGGAAAAGCAAGAAGACAGAGAUGAAGUGACGUCAGACUGUGAGAGCCUUUUCUCUCUCGAUUCGCUGUCCUCUGCUUAUGUGACGGCCCUCACAGAGCAGCUGAGACACGAGGAAGCAGCUCAGAGCGAACCAGAGAGUGAAGACAGUCAGAUGUCUCGAGAUUCAUUAGUUGUGGAAAGCAGUGGGAAAUACAAAACAGCGGAAAAACGUAGCAAAACAGUAGUGCCAAAGUACUCAUUUCUGACAGAUUCAUCCUGUUCAACCAUGAGGCUAAAUAAAAAUGCAGGAAUCAGUUUGGAUCGAGACGACCAUCAUGAACCUCAGGUAAUCCCAGCAGAGACGUGUUGGAGCCAGGAAGACUCUCCAAAAUCAAGACUGGGAGCAAGGAGAAAGCCUCCUUCCCACAGCCCAUUAGCAGCAGAUUCCAGAGGCAGAGACAUUGUACACAAAUUGACUGAGGACUUUGGGAACAUGCAGACCACUUCCACUGUUAGCCCACGCUCCCUGAGCAGCUGCCGUGUGAGGGAGCCAGAAAACAUGCUGGCACUCACUGAUGCCUGGUCCUCCACUGAUGCAGCAGACAGUCCCAGGAUUCUUCCAGAUUAUCUGCCUUUCCAAAGUAAAUUGAUUUUUAAAGGUGAAGAGAGCAGUAGCACUCCCAGUCCAACCAGCCUAACCCAGUGCGGAUCUAGAAGCUGUAGCUCACCAUCCACCAGCACUGAGGGUGUGAAUGUAACGGUGCUAAAACAUGGUCUUGAAGUUGCAAUUAGUACAUCAGAUACAUUGGAUUUGAAAGACUCUCGGAUACUAACAACACCAGAUGAAGCACUAGGAGGUUAUGAGAGGCAAUCAGAGGAAGAAAUAUCCCAAAUCGCAAAGUCACUCAUAGAUACUCCAGACUACAGGUGCAUCAAAAGUCCAGCCACCUUAUUAACCUUAAACCAAACCACUUGUUUGUCACCCUCUGAGAUCCAGUACACCAAAAAACAAGCAUUAGAAGUAAAUAAGGUAUUUAACGAUGUACAUGAGACGGUGUCCUCUGACCUUGAAUCUCGUGUGUCAGGUGGUCCUACUAACCGAGGUCAAAUAUUGAGCAAUUUGUCGAACGCUGCAGGUGCCUUCAAACCAUCCAUCGAAGAUAAGGUACUAUGCAGUUUAGAUGGUGCCGAAAAGCUGACAAAUGUUCAGCAAUAUGAGUUUGGGAACACCAAAUACGUGUCUUUUACAAGGGACACACUGUUGGAUGAGGCUGGAACCAAAGUCACUGAGCAGCACAUUUCACUACAGCAGGAACUCGUUAGAUCUGCUUGUAAAAAUUCCAGGAAGAGGAACAAAGACCAACAGGAGGCUUUCAUCGGGAGCCUGAAAAUUCCAAAAAGGAGCGACGGCGGAGAGCUCGUCACUUUCUGCUCCGCUCCAGUUGGCAGCCAGGAUGAUUCUUGGCCUGAUGACAAUGAUAACACCAGUGACUCAAAAGGGGAACAGUCUGCCGCGGAAGCUGACAGCCCCGGAUUUGAUUAUGUUUGUAUUGAUGGCAGCUUAAUACAAGAGACAAUGGCUUCAGAGGCGUCGCCAGUUUCUGAUCCCAUGAGCCGGAAACUUGGACGUAUCUUUGAGGACUCUGAAUGUCGUGACAAGAGUCCACAGAGAGGUAGCUCAGCGGGGGAGAGGGAAGUAGUUGAAAAGAAAGAUGUAUCAAUACCAAAAAAUACCAAAGGUGGGGAAUCACAAAUAGAUAACCCCAAGAAACAUCAAGAAAGUACAAAACACAUAUGCAAGUCAGAUGCUAUUUGUAGCGCCAUUGACCGGAGAAUCUCAGAAGUGGUCAAAGAGCACAUGAGAUUGUCAUUGAUUGGCAGCGAUGAUGGCGGGAAGAGUAGAAGUCAAAACACGAAUCCCUUGUCAUUCUCUGCAUGUCAUGUUGGCUGUAAUACUGAUGAAAAUAGAUGGAUAGAAAGAGAGAGUAGAGAUGAAGUGAGUGAGGCGGUGAAAGAAGGAGCCAUCCUCAACGAAUGCCUUUCACUGGAAAGGAUGGUGAGUGAAAACAAGAUGGACGAAAGUGGACAGCUUGCAUCAGAACUGCCAGCUGAAUUGAAGAUUUGCCAUGAGAGCAACAGGCUCAAAUCUAGUAUAGGAACACAGAAGAUCGACCAUGCUCAUAAUUUGUCUGAUGUGACAUCCAACAAGCCAGCCAUGGAUCCUUAUGUUUUCCAAAAGUCCUCUUCCGAUAACAGCAUGCUAUCAAAUCUGGCAAUGAAUGGCCAUGGAGGGUCUGAGCACUCUUGCAACCCGGCCUUGCAGCCAAUUCGGUCGUCCUCAAUGAGUAAUUCCUCUAUUCAUUCUCAAGGAAGCAACACUGUGGAAAAAGAUGCUUUGUGUCAAGAAAUUAAUAAUUCAGCUAAACAAAAAGUACCAUCCCAACUUAAUCCGGUCAUCGGUACUACAUGCUUGAAUCAAGUGGACACUCAGAGCUGGUAUCGUGUAAAUGAUGUCCGUAUGGGAGCCUCAAUGACUGUUGAAGACAAACACAGUCGUUCGCACAAACAGAACUCACAAGGGACCGUACAAGAACAUUUGCAAAAUAGUCCAGACUCAUCCGAAGCCAUUCAAUUAUUAUCGGAUGGUCGAAGUCAAUUCAAACCUGACAAACGCAACAGUAGCCAGAACACAUCCACUAAUGAGCUUUCCUCUAUGAAAUUGUUGGCUGUUUCUCCUGGCUGUAAUGGAGAUGGUGAAACAGUCAACCCAACAGGAGUCAAACCACGUAUAACAUCAGAGGACGAGAUCAGCUGUCCACAGACUCAUGCAAGUAACUUGUCUCACACUUGUGUGGUCAACAUGAACUACAACAACAAAUUGCAAAAUGUAAAACUAUGCAAACAAGAUAUUGUAGCGAAAAAUGACAAAGAGACAAUAACACCGAAGAUCUUCGCAGAAUCGAAAUGUGAAGUAAGAAUUUCUGGUUCUAUGCAGCCUCAGCAAAAUGUACCGAAGGGGGUUGCCAUCCGAAGUAAAAGCUGCCAUGGAUCUUUUAUGUCCAACCAGGUAGAGCUAAACACACCUGGUGAUGAAAAAGAUCAUCCUGCUCUCAUGUCUAAAAAGGCCAAAUCGAAGCGGUUCAGAAAGACUAAGAUCCAGACCUAUCCCACCUCUUCCUCUGAGUCCUCUCCUAAAUCGUCAGAUGGGGAUGAUGAGGAUGAUGAGGAUGAUAAAUCUACCAGACAGCCUCACAGCCGGCUCUCCUCUAAAUGGGUAAAGCUUGGUAAUGGAAAACAGGAAAUCGAUCAGAGUACAGGUGAAGAUGCAGAUGUAUCUUCUGCUGUGUGUGUCAGCACAUUUAAAAUGCAGGCUGGUUUGGCUGGAACUCAGGGUAAAAGUGAAGUAAAAGCGAGUAGAGAUUACAUCCAAAAAAGACACUCUUUACCCCCUCAAGCAAUGUCACAGAGGACAAAUGCAGAACAAAUCAUCCCAAAGAAAAGUGACCCGCAGCAGGACUCCUCCAUGCAUUUUGCCUCCAGUGACAUCAACCCUUUUGUUCACCAGUGGCAAGGCGGUGACUCGGACCAACACUGUUAUAAGAACCCAGCUUUCGGGAGUGCUGCUGACCUCUCCUGUAAAUCUCCACUUCUGAACAGCACUGAGAAACGUAUAACAAGAUGCUGCAGUGUGGAGAAUGGAUUGAAUGGGCAGAACUCGCCUUUCUAUUCCCAUCUGAGCACUUACGCCACCAACAAGGGGCUCUCCAGUACGCUCAGCAGUAUAGAAGAUUACAAGGAACAGGAAAACGAAACAUCUCAGCGAUCGCCCCGUCAACAAGCUCCCGCUGAUAUUCAUAAUCAUCUAGCCAAUCUUUCAGUGAGCGGCAGUUCUUCAAGUAACGAUGUUCAAAAUGGUUUUGGUAACAACUCCAGUCAGGUGGAUGAAGUGAUGGUUGUGUACUCGUCUGAGCAAGAGUCACAGACAAGCAAAACACACGCUCAAAGAAGAAGAACAUGUGAGCACAGCACUCAAACCGAGCGUGGCCUUCAGAUGGUAAAUAUUGUUCCAAAGAGAAGAGAGCGGCACAAAAGGAGUUACACUGAUGUACCUGCAAAAACCAAAGACAUUAAAGAAUCUCCAACGUGGGCCAGUAUGGAAAGCAUGUCGGCUCACCUCUCAAAGCUGAUCCACAGCACCUCCGACCUGCUGGGGGACGUCCAGGAAAUGAGAACAGGCGAAGCCCUCAAGUCCAGUCUGCGGAGGAGUGUUAACGUGUCAAAUAUCAGCCUCUCUUACAGCGAGUCUAAUGGCCACAUACAGAGAGACUGCUCGACUCAAACAGCCGUAGAUAUUGGGAUCCAAACAGAGAGGUGUUCAGCAGCAGCAGUAGAGAGGGAAAUCGCUGCUCAUCAAACGCCAAGUGAAAGGUCCAAAUCUCAUGAAGUCAAUGUCAUUGUCAAAGUGAUCGGUUCUGAGGUUUUCAGUGUUUCCCAAGACAGAAAUGUGCACUGUGCUGUGAAGAGAACAGAUGAAAAGAUGCAGAGCAUGCUUGACCUGAGCGUUAACACCUCUGCUGCAGCACAAAGGUCCGUCUCACACUCAGAGAAUGUCCCUCAGAAAACGGCUCCUUUAAAGUCUGCGGGUGAAAGUCAAAGACAUGUAAGAUCUGCUUGUUCUAGAAGCUCAAAGCAAAACACGCCCGAGGCAAUCUGCCACAAAAGUGCUGCAAUAUCUGAAAUCUCAAGAUUAUCGAAAAACGGCUGCCAAGGAAAUCACAGUCCCUCUUUGAGAAAUGACCCACUGCUUUCUAUAAAGAAACAAGCAACAUACACAGACCGGGCAUCAUCCCCGAUACGCACUGUGGGAACAAGAUUACAUUUGAAACCGAAGGGAAAGCAAUCAACACUAAAUAAACACCCUAGUUCUGAGAAAGACAACCUUACUUUGUCUUCUAGCAAACAAUCUGCUCGCACAACUGUUUCACAAAAUGGUCAAAUGUGCAGACAGGAUUGCGAUGUUUCCUCUUGGAAAUCAGAAUCUGUAUCACUAGAGAAGGUGAGUGAAAUGAGCUGCUUAAGCCCUAAAAGCUCAGAUAAGUGUUCUUUAAGCGUUAUUUCAUCAGAGAGUAGAUAUUCAGGCACAGACAGGAGAGAUGUUUCCUAUGAAGACUCCAAAUGGCAGAUGAGAUCUCAGCAGUGGAAGACUUCUGCAUUAACAAAAGACUCAGCAAUGCCGAACAACAUCUCUCCCAUUUUAAGACCCACUGAUAUGCACAAACAAGCUCAAGCUACACAUGGGAAAACAUCAAGAGCUGCAGAGGACCCUUUAGAUAUUUGCCAUGAUUCCUACAACCUAUCACAGGUCAGUUACAGGACUGAUGAAAUUCAGGAGGAUGAUGCGUUGUCACUGGCACCCAGCGAGUGCAACACAGACAUCCUAGUAAACAUCAAACCGAUCACCAGCCUGUCCACGUCUCAUCCCCACCAGAUAGCCCCAGAAGACCUGCCAAUGCACAAUAAGUUCACUAACUGGACCGGCAUCAGCCUACGACAAUCAAAACACUCCAACAAACCGGCCAUGUGUCUUACCAAAGAGCACGAAAGGAGUAGAAACUGCGCUGAGUGGAGCGAGAUGGAGAGCUUUGGCUCAAAUGAAGAGUCCAUGGUGCAGAGCGAGAGAAGGACGAGAGAGAUAGAGAGGCUGCGACAGGAGAGGGAGCAGGUGAUGGCGACGGUCAGCCUCAACAUGAAGCAGACCCCGCUGACUGUGGAGCUGACGGAGGCAAAGCUGCACUACGGCCUGGGAGAGACAGACACGAUGUUAAAGAUGUUGUCCCCGAGGAACAGAGAAGAGAUGGAGCCACCUGCCUCUGAGAACACCAAACAGCAGCUGUAUGAAAGACACCGCAGGAGUAUUGAGGGUUUGAGGCAGGACAGGGAGGAACGUCUCCAUAUUUCCCGCAGAGCUCGCAGUCUGAGUCCCAGCAAACAUCCUCGCUCCUCCCCACCAGAGGCCGUCUCCACCAAGGUGUCUGCCGCCAUGCCCAGUCAGCGUAAAGAGUCCCUGCAACAGAGCACUCUACCAGAGCCUCCAAAAGCAGAGGGCCAGUGUCCGUCUGACAUUGAGCAGCUGUUGCGUGACUACGGCCGAGCCCGAGAAGAAGCCAGGACGGAGAUUGCGAAGGCACGAGAACGACUGCGAGAAAGAACUGAGCAGGAGAAGAGGAGGCUUCAGCAGCAGGCCGUUUCCCAGGAGGCCAAGGAUGACUCGAGGCACCGGACCAGAGUCAGUAACAGCACCCUGUGCACCGGAUCCAGCCUGAGCCUUUCCUCUGGACCAACGUCCGGGUACAACAGCGGCAACACCGCACAGCUGCUGCCCGGCAACAGGCCUCUUCUGACGGGACAGAUCACAGCGGUACAGGAUGAAGGGCUGAAGGUCAGGACACGUCCUCCUAUAUGUGGUCCUCAGAGUGUAAAGUCACAGAGAGCCUGGCUGUCUGCCCAUGAUGUCCGUCUUGAGCCUCCUCCUGUCAGCGGGUUUGAUCCCCUCAUGACUUCAUCUCCAUCCCCCACAACUACACGCCAACGCACCGCUUCUUUUGGCUCCUCCUCUUCCAUAUCCUCAACCUAUCAAGACAUCACAUCCAGUCUCCUCGGUCGAGCUCUGGCUGAGGUGCGACUAGCUUCCUCUGGAGAUUUGAGCAACCUGCUAAUGGGCAAGGCCACGGCAGGCUGGAGGCACCAGGGAGAAGAACGAGGGGUCCAGGCUUUCUACAAGCCCUCCACCAGCCCGUCUGUGCACAGUUUCCUGGGAGCCGGGGAGCUGGACAGACCUCUGCUCAGUCUGUGGAAGAUAAUCCGCCAGCUGUCGAGGAGCCACAUGUUCCAUCAGUCCGUGCGCUCUGUGUGGACUCGACCACUAGAUGACAGCACUCAGCUGGUUUAUAUACUAACAGAUCCGUCCUCCUGCCACCUCAGCCAGCCGCGGGACUUCUGCUGCAUCAGCACUGAAUCCAAACAGGGUGGCUUGUGCGUGCUGGCAUUGCAGUCCGUGUUCGAGGAGUCUCUGCCUCGACCCAGUGUGGACGCCGUUCGGGGGGAGAUGAUGCCCAGCUGCUGGGUCCUGCAGCCAAUUACACGUAACGGACAGGAAGCCACCAGGGUCAUCUACCUGCUGCAGGUGGACCUAGGGACUCCAUCUUUUCCCCCCCGCCUGUUGAACACUGUUGCCAGGAGACAUGCAGCUGUCGUCGCUGAUCUGGAUGUUUUCCUCACUAAAUCCACAGUACUCAUGAAGACGCCUCAGCAGUGAGCACUUUGACUAAAACCGUCUCCAGCUUAGAGUUAGUCUGACUUUUACAUUUGCACCUGAGAUUUGUUUACUUGACUUGUUCUGGUAUACUCUAAAAGCACUGUUAAUGUAUAUUGAUUCCCAGUUACAAAGUUGAAGCAGCUUUUUUUUAUAUAUGAAGGUAUUUUUUAUAAAAUAUUGAAACUGUAUUUUUGUAUUUGUAAUGUACAUAAGAGCUUGUAACAAUCAUACACCUAUUUGACCAAAGAUAGGACACAUUUAGUGUACUGCAUUUAGAUUUAGACAGCUUUUUUAAUUAAUUAUCCAAGGCUACAAUUCUACAAAGUUGAUCCAACUUUUCAACAUCAUUUAUGUGAUGACAUCGUUUUAUAAUAAUCUAAUAGGUAUCAGCCCUUAAUGCCUGUUUGCAAUAUGGAGUCUUGAUUUCUACCAUUUUGUAAGGUGGACCUCCACAUUGUUGUAAACAAAGUCACAGCUAGACAAUCUUUAAAUUGAAGUUAAAGAGUCGGUCAACAAGGUUACACUGAUUGUUCAUUUACAACUCAAGUGGGAUUUGACUAGUGUUUACUUUCUUUGUAUCGCUAUAAGAUAGAUGAAUACAGACAGUUUUGUUGUUGUUAUAUGUUUUCUGUCAGCGUAGAUGCAUGAUGAAGGGGAUUUGUCAGAUAUGACAAUGAAAUGAACGACUGAGACGUACUUACAAGGGAAAGUAUUUGAAAGUCAGUUUAUAUUCUAUUAUUGUCAACGGAAGGAAAACCACAUCCAAACAUAUGAAGGAAAUAUUUGCAAACUUUGUUUAACCCUGAUUUGUUACAGUAUAUGUAUUUAUUUCCUCAAGCAUAUUCAACCACUCACAAAAGAUUAUUUUAUUGCAGGAAAUAACCAUUUCAUUGUCCUUCAUCCGUUUUUGUAGCAAAAGGAUUAAGGCAAAUGUAUUUAAGGGACCGGAAAAUAUUAAGGGGGAGAAGAGGUCAGAAAAAUGUGAGAGGAGGGGGAAAAGUAAGUUACUCUGAGCAGGGCAAAUAUUUAUUUCACUGUUUUUAUAUAUGCCUCUAAAAUGAAUAGUUACAAUAAAAAGACAGCUUUUUAACAAAACACUAAGAACCCUGGGGGAGUGCCUUUCUUCCUUGACAAUAUAUGUAAAUAUAAGGUUCACACCCCCUUCUCAUUUCCCCAUAUCUUUCCUAUAGUCCCUAAGCUAUGUGUUAGGUGGUGUAUUGAAGGAAUCCUAAUAACCAUUUUUCUUACUCUUUAUCCGUUAUAUGUAAUGUAUGUGUGUUCGUCUGCACAUUUGAAACCACUCGACCAAACUCACUGCAGGAAAACAAGUCAUAGAACAGUUGUGUGCCUAAAAAGUGGGUUAGAAAAAGAAACCAAAGCUCUCUGGUUCAUUCUGUGUCCUUCAGCAAGAAUAAUCCAGAGAAAAAGACAAGACAAUCCAGGAAUGAUGCUCUAAAACGAACAGUACCCUCCUUUAACUUAAUUGUAAAAGCCGCAUUAAGAUAUGACCGCAAUAUGGUACCUGAAUCUAAAAGCUGAGUUUAACGCCUUUUUGUUUCUGAAGUCUAUUUAUUUUGUUCCUCUUGCCUUCCGUUUGAGAAAUGCUGUUGAAUAUGUUUUAUAAUAGUGAUGGAGUUUUUAUUUGUGUUAUGAGCACAGCAUGGUGCUGUGUUUACUGUACAGCUGCUUGCACAAAACUCUUAAUGCAUUUAUUGACGUUACGUGUUUGAAACGUGUUUUUGUUUGUAGUUAAAAGCUAUGCAGACGCUGAUCGAAGGCAGCACUGUUCACUGGGUCAGCCGUACCCAGAUAUGAAGCCAUAUUAUUUACAGUAGUCUGAGGAGGAGGACCGUUUUGGCAGCGCUCAGUUUGAGACCAAAGAUGUUCCCAAGGCAACCAAAGACACAAGUACUGAGGACACGCAGGGAAGGAACACAGUGACGACUUUUUGUAAUGAUUUCUUUUUUAUGUUUUUUUAUAUGUUCCCAAGUGCUCAUUUCAUUUUGUAAAAAGCAUGUUAUUUAUGUUUUGACUUUGUGUUGUAAAUGUAUUUCAUUAUAAACGCCUUGCUUCCUGUUGCGUGUUUUUAACGAAUACAAUAAAUAUUUAA